AUGAGCGAUAGUCAAACGACAACCAAAGCAAACGACUGUGAAACAACAUCUUCUUUGAAGAAUGACACUAACCAACGUGAGAGCAGAGACGUCAGACCAUGUUUGCCGCGAGACGAAACCACCCUAAGUCGCUUGACGGAAGUGGUCGAGCAUUUCGAUCAGAUGAACUUACGAGAACCACUUUUACGAGGUAUAUAUAGCUAUGGUUACGAACGUCCUGCGGAUGUUCAACAGCGUGCUCUCAAACCGUGUAUUUCGGGUUAUGAUGUGAUUGUUCAGGCACAAUCAGGCACGGGAAAAACGAUAGCCUUCAUCAUUGCAGUCUUACAACAGCUCAACAUGGAUUGUAAAGACUGUCAAGCAUUAAUUCUGGUACCAACGCGUGAGUUGGCUCAAGGGAUCCGUAAAGUGGUUUUAGUACUAGGUGAACAUAUGCAUGUGACAUGUCACGCUUGCAUUGGUGGUGUGAAUAUUCGUGAGAAUAUGAAACAACUUGAAACAGGUGUCCAAGUUAUUGUUGGUACACCUGGUCGAACGUCUGAUAUGCUAAAGAGAUCAGCACUCUGCAGUGAAAAUAUCAAAAUGAUCGUAUUGGAUGAAGCUGAUGAGCUUUUAUCUCGUGGUUUCAAUGAGCAAAUUUAUGAUGUAUUUACGAUGUUAUCAAAAAAUGUUCAGGUUAUUGUUGUAUCGGCUACGAUGCCCUGCGAUUUACUUGAAAUCACAGCUAAAUUGAUGAAUGAUCCUGUGAAAGUUCUUAUCAAGAAAGAAGAACGAACGCUCGAAGGUAUUCGUCAAUUUUACGUGAAUGUCGAACGUGAGGAGUGGAAAUUAGAUGCGUUAUAUGACUUGUUCAAUACAUUAACGAUUAUACAAACCAUCAUCUUUUGUAACACAUGCCAAAAGAUCGAUUGGUUAACUGAAAAACUACGUGAACAUAAUUUAACUGUGUCUGCUGUGCAUCUUGAUAUGGAUGCAAAACAAUGUAAUGAUGCCAUGAAAGGAUUUCGAACUGGUUCCAGUCGAAUCUUGUUAAGAACAGAUACGCUUGAAUGUGAUAAUGAUAUUCCACACGUUAGUCUUGUUAUCAAUUACGAUCUACCAACUAAUCGUGAGAGCUAUAUUCAUCGUAUUGGACGUAGUGGUGCAUUCGGUCGAAAAGGUGUGGCUAUCAAUUUCAUUAUCAAUGAUGAACAACAAUCAUUAUGCAACCUUGAACAAUAUUAUAAUACAAAAAUCGAAGAACUGCCCACGGACAUUGCCGAUCUUAUUUAA